AACCCCCUCACUGAGUGCUUGGUAAGGGAUGGACCAAACAGAAAAAAAAAAUAUUUCCUCUCAGCUUGACUCUUUGGCAUUCCCUCUGAUUGCUCCAAGUACACAAGAGAAGGGCUGGGUCCCUCCAUUCAGGAACAGGGGUCGGUGACUUCCUCAGAAACUAAAGCCAGCAGCACAGAGGAUUAGGAAUGUUUUUCCCUUCUCGUGCAGCAUUGAUCUGCCUUAUAACACCCUGGGCAGCUGGAGAAUAAACACCGUAGCUGUUUCUCAUCUCUAAGGAUUCAGAUGCAGGCAAAGUACAACAGUACAUUGGAUAUGCUGGAUGAUGAUGGGGAGACCACCCUAAGCCUGCGUUCCCAAGCCCUAACCAUAACUCCAAGACCAGAGAGCAAGAAUACAGGAUACUUAGCUAUUUCUCCACAUUGGCGUCCAGUUGCUCUAACUCUAUUGACUUUGUGUCUGUUGUUGCUGAUUGGACUGGGAGUCUUAGGGCUUGAAUUUUUUCAGCUCAAUCAACUCUCAAUCACCCAGAGCCAUAUUCUCAAUCAAAAGGAAGAAAAGCUGGGAAACUUUUCUAGACAGUUACAUUCUUUACAAGCCCAGAACAGGAAGCUCACAGAUACUCUGCAGCACCUGGCUAAAAAGCUCUGUCGGGAGCUCUAUAACAAAACAGGAGAACACCGAUGUAGCCCCUGCCCAAAGAAAUGGAAAUGGCACAAGGAUAGUUGCUUCUGUUUCUCUAAGGAGAGCAAUACUUGGCAGGGCUGCGAACAUUUCUGCACUGUUGAGAAUUCCACCCUUUUGAAAAUAGAGACACAAGAUAUUCUGGAAUUUGUGAUGCCUCAGAGCUACUCUCAGUUUUUCUACUCCUAUUGGACAGGACUGACCCGCAAUGGCAGUGGCAAUCCAUGGCUGUGGUUGGAUGGAUCUCUUCAUUCCUCUGACUUGUUUGAUAUUGUCAUUGACUUCAGCAGUUUAAAGAGCUGGGACUGUGUGACAAUAUUGAAUGGAAGAGCUUUUGCAAAGGACUGUAAAGAGCUAAGGCGCUGUGCAUGUCAGAGAACAGCAGCAAUGGUGAUGCCAGAAUUGCUGGAAUAGUCUUCUGAAAGAAUGGAUGGAGAUAAAUGGACCUCCUGACCAUUUCUGCAAACCAGAAAUGAUGCAAGCCAAGCAGGAGAAGUGACAAGAGCUCUUUGAAUCACUGGGGUUCAUUUGGAAUAGAAGAGCAGGUCUCUCUGGCCAGUAAAAAAAAAAGGAGGGGUUGUUUUUUUUCAAGGAUUCUACCAAGGAAAAUCAGCCCCAUCUGGGGCUAGUAUCAGCCCCAAACCCCCUGGGUUUAAAUACAAACUUUUCAGUCACAGAAAAAUCCAAUUUUCAUACUUCACCCUGCUCUAGACUCACAUCCUCUAUAACUUGGACUUGUUUAUUAUUCUCAAAACCCUAAUUUUCCCCAUUGUUCAUAUCCCUCUACUACCAUUCCUACUACUUUUGAAAGGAAAAUGAGAAAUUCUUGGACAAAAGUUAUACAAAUAACAGAAGUCUCUGGGCCCCAAAGACUUCUGGGUCCCUCCAGAUUCUUUUUUGGUUUGCUUGGUUUUGGUUUUGGUUAUGGCAUACCUCCUGCAAUUUAUCAUAUUUGAAUGAUUUUCCUCCUUUGAGAAUCAUUUAACCCCUGAAAUACUCAAAACCCCUAAUGAAUUUCAAGAAUUUUUCCUUCGCCCCAGCAAUCUCCAGGGAAGAAAGUUUAUCUGAGACCCACAGCAACCAAGGAUAUCUAUUUUAGAUCAUUAUGGGAAGGAAUAAGACUCAUUUCCUCCUUUAGUGAAUUUGGGAGGCCAGAGAAAAGUAAAACUCCAGAUGGCUCUCCUUACAGAGGAUUGGUGACUUUUAAGCUCAUUUUCCCACAAGAUAAUUACCAUCAGUCUUUUCAGGUACUUGUACAAGAAUAAAUAUGUGUGUAUAGACUAAC